AUGACAGAACCCCUCCCCUUCCGCGUCGGCGAUACCACCGGACGGGGCCUCGGGGUGUACGCCACGCGGGCGAUUGCGCUCGGGGAGCUCAUCAUCUCGGAAGAUCCCAUCGUCGCGUCUCUGCUUAACGCUGAGUCUGAGGAGCUCGCCAUAUCCUUGCUGAGCGAGGAGGACAAGGCGGUCUUCUUCUCCUUUGUCGACCAGCAUCAUCCCGGAAAUCCCACUAUCGAGGGGAUCUUCAAAAGCAAUGCGGUCCCCACGAAUCGGCCCGGAACCGGCGGUAUGUACGCCAACAUCUGCCGCACCAACCACUCCUGCACCCCCAAUGCGGCCUACUCCCCAUCCGACACCUCCGACCGCGAGAACAUCUACGCCUACACCGACAUCGCUGAAGGAGCGGAAAUCCUUACCUCAUACAUCCCCCUCUGGCGGUCGCGGGAGCAUCGGCAGGAGCACCUCUCUACCGGCUUCAAGUUCACCUGCGCGUGUACUGCCUGCGCAGGUCCUCCCAACCCCGUCAGCGAUGCUCUCAGAGAGGAGGUGCACCGGCUUGGCCAGGCCAUGAAGGAAAGCGGAAUGAUCAAUACCGCCGAGACCCUGCGCUCGCUGAAUGCGCGGCUUCGGUUGGUGGAGGAAGAGGGAACACACGAUCUGGGGAUAAGGUGUGAGGACCGGCUGUAUGCGAGCCAGAUCGCAGCAUCAUGCUCGGACUACGAGACAUCCCGGAGGCAUGCGGGUCAGGCGUACGCCCUGUCUCUUCUGGGCAGGGGCAGGGAAUGCGCAGACACCGUAUACCUUCUGCGGCUACACCGGUAUCCUCGGGCGCACGACUCGGCCGGGAUGGACGAGGAGCCGCUUCCUGCGCUCUGCGAUGGAUGUGGCAAGGAGGAGAUGGGUGGGUUCAAGGGGAAGGCAGCGAAGGGAGGGGGAUGCGGGUCAUGCAAUUGCGCCUUGUACUGCUCGCGGAGCUGCAAGCUCGCUCAUGCGGCCCUGCACAAGCCAAUCUGCGAGGUCAUCCAGCGGUCAAAGUCGGAGGUGGUGUCGGAGGCGGAUGCGUUCAGGGACAAGUACAGGGAUGGGAAGGCGCAGGAUGAGUGUGCGAUCCAAUGA